AUGGGAGGCGAUCAGCACGGCGACUUUGAGCCCAUCAGCAUCGUCGACAAUGUUACCGCAAAUGCUGCUGCAGAAGACAGCGCUCCCGUCGACAUCACCAUCAACGAGGAGGACCACAAGAAGGUCUUUGGCCAAGACUCUAGCGUGCCCUUCGGCACCAAAUUGGAGCCUCUCCCACCCACAAUAACGGGCUGGGACGUCCCCGUCUCGCCGCCUCCAGAGUACGCAUACAACGAGGCUGGCCCCGACUCGGCAGCAGCAUUACCAGACAGGUCGAAAUCGACGCCCGUCGGCACCUUCCACCUUCUCCUGCCCACCGCCUUGCACGAGUCCGGCUUGCUCUUCAACCCGCAGCUCAGCCUCAGCAAGAUCACAGCCCACCGCGAAAGCGAGCCCUCGCAGCCCUCGCCGCCCACACAGCCCGCCGAAGCAGUUGCAGCGUCUAGCACCGACAGCGUCCCCGCCCCUUCCCUCACCGAGAUCCAGGCAUGCCUGCCACAUCCCAGCGCCCUCUUCGUGGCAGAGACGCUCGAGUGGCGCGUCAUCCUCGACCAGUCCGACGUUUAUCGAACCCCACUCCCCGACUUUGCCGUCUAUGACGCUUCCCACCUGUUCGACGUCUGCAACUUGCCACCAAACUCCGUAUCCGUCUUCGAGACGGCGCCCACGUCAAUACCGCCCCAAGAGCAGCUCCACCCCAUUCGUCUGCUCGACAAAUGGGACGCCCAGCAUCCCGAGGCGACAUUGCCUGUCAUCGAAGAGUUCAACAUGCACAAGUGCUGGAUCACCGGCAGGCGGCUCCUCUCCACCCCGCCAGACACCAUCGUCUCCGUCAUCGACCGCCACGUGCUCUCCCGCUUCAAAGAGUCGCGCGUAAACGAUCCUGCCGUCGGGCUCACCGGUCUCGAGACCUUUGUCCGUGCCCUGCGCGUCCUCUUGCGCAUCAUCGGCAACUUUGUCCAUGGAGAGCGACGACCCGCACCCACCUCCAGCAUCAUGGUCACCCAGAAGCUCGGCUGGGACCAGCACUCUCGUCAGAUCUUCCUCGACCUCGGCUGGAAAGAGGAUCGCCUGCCCGAUGGCCGCAACGCCAUCCGACCGCCGUUGGUUGCUCCAAAGUCGGCUCCAGUGGACGCUCCUUCGACAACAUCCAGCGAUGACGUUGUACUACACCGACACAUUCGCGCCUGGUUCGAGCUCCAUGUGUGGCUCGCCUUCCACCUCCAGGCUUUGCAAAAGACGAAACCCGCUUCCUCGCUCUUGCAGAACACGGAGCCCACCCUGGCGACCCAACUCAAGGUCGAGUCUGCAUCCGAGUCGGUCAUCGAGAUGAUCCGCGAGCAGCGCGAUCACCUCGAUAUGAGCCUCAAUCGCGACCUCUCCAACGACACGCUUGCCGCCCUCUUUGCGCUCGGCGUCUCCAGCACCACGCGAGACGAGCUCGUCAAAUUUGGCUACCUCGUCAAUCUUGAGGCCAAUCCCAAGCACGCAGCUGAUCUCUUUGCCAGCCUCGACGAGGUCUACGAAGCGCAGCGACGCACCUCCCGCGUCAUUCAGGAACUCGUCGCGUACGAACGCAGCCAGGGCAAAUAUUCGCCUCGCGACCUCGACAAGGCCUAUGAGCGUCUCAAUCUCACCUCGAACCAUCUCGGACCGGACGUAGAACGAGACAGCAUUCCGCACGACUUUAUCGCAGGCCAGUACAAGGCGCGCGCCCGCGAGGUGCUCGUCAAUGCUGAUGUCGCCGAGCACGCCGCCGUCAAGGACGCGCUCAAGAUCAUCAUCGCCCAUCUGGGCAUGCCGCCCACCCUUGUCCAGGUGCUCGAAGAGGAUGUCGACAUGGACGUGGAUCAGGCUUACACCACGCUCGAUGCCAAUCGUGAUCUCGAUGACGCCACCCUCCUCGCCAUCUACGAUCUCUACAUUGCCGACGCACCGGCGCGGCGCGACUUGCUCCGCCAUGCGCUCCGUGCCAUCGCCGAGGAUCGCAACAGCAACUACCUGCGCCACUUUCUCAAGACUGGCGAGAAGGAUGCCGCGGCCAACGAGGGCUGGCAGCAGAUGCCGUCCGCAGACGUGCCCGCGGGCAUCGACAACAUCGGCAAUACCUGCUACCUCAACUCGGUCCUGCAGUACUUUUUCUCGAUCACCGAGAUCCGAUCGCGCGUGCUCCGGGUCGCGCCAGUCGUUCAAGCAGAGCAGGACAGCCUUUCUGCAGUGGUGUCGGAACGGAGAGUGGGCGGCCAGCGCAUCACACCGCGCGAGCUCGAGCGCAGCAGGCGCUUCGUUGCUCAGCUGGCCCAGCUCUUCCAUCAUCUCAUCUACGCCAAUGCGCUGUCGGUGCGGCCCGAGCGUGAGCUCGCGUAUCUUGCCCUCGUGUCUUCGCGCGCCGAGGAGCUCGAGGCUGAGAGCAAUCCGUUCACGGAGGCACAGACCGAGGAACCGCCUUCCGUCACGGCGGAGACGACCGAAGCGGCGCCCGCCGACGUUGCUGAGCCAGAAGCGAUAUCCGCGCCGACGGUCGAUGCUGGCGAAUCGAUGGACAUCACUGGUGACGGGCCAGAGACUUCAGCUGCAGCGGCACCUGAUCCGCUGGAGCCAGCAGCGUCGCGCGCGCCUCCGCUGCCGCCUCGUCCAGCACGCAAGCCCACCGCGCCAGCCGUUCCGCCACCGGCUCGCCGCAACUCGCUGAUGCAGCUGGGCGCGCAGCAGGAUGUGUCCGAGUGCCUGGACAACUGCAUGUUCCAGCUCGAAGUUGCGCUAGCCGUCGGUCAAGAUGGCGCUUCCAAUGCGAGCAACGGCAUGGACGUGGACGAUGGGCCACGGGUUUCCGGCUCGACUGGUGCUGCGUCGUCGGGCGACAGCACGGGUGAGGACCUUCUCACGAGGCUGUUUCUGGGCCAGACGUGCCAGCGGAUCGAGGCGGACGGUGUUGCAGCUGAUGGCUCUGCAGACCGAGGCGGACGACCGCAGCAGGUGAAGCAGCCAAGCAUGCACAUCAAGCACGAAGUGUUCAAGAUCGUGCCCAUCGACGUGCUCGAGGAAGGGCGCGACAUCUAUGACGGCUUUGACGGCUUCUUUGACUCGGACACGUUUGUGGCGACGUCGGGGGCGGUGCAGAGGAGGUCGGUGACGUUGUUGUCGGCGCCGCCGUUGCUGCAGAUCCAGCUGCAGCGCGUGCAGUACGACCGCGCCACGAUGCGCGCGUUCAAGUCGCAGGCGCACCUCGACAUGCCCGAGGUGCUCUACAUGGACCGGUAUAUGGAUCUGGACGCCAAAGAUCCCGAGAACGCGCCGCGGCUGGCGAUGCGCGAAAAGUACCAGGCCAAGCGAAGGAGGAUCGAGGAGCUGCGUGCGCAUCUGGCAGCGUGCAGGGACGGAGCGUCGACGCUGACGCAGACGCUCAGCCAGGCUGCCAAUACGGUGGAGGAGCUGGCGAGGCUGCCGUCGCUCGCCGAUGUCGAAGCGCAGCUGGCAGACAUUCAGGCUGAAGCGGCUCGGCGUGGAGAUGCGGAUGUGCCGCCGGCGGUUUCGCCUCGAUCGCGCGCCAAGCAAAUUGCCGACGCCGGCGUGGACACGAUAUCCAUCACCCCCGACACUCCCGAUGUCAAGACGGAGGUGCAGACUGGGGUGUCUGGACUGGUAGAUGCGGGACUGGCGACGUUGUUGCGCGACGAGGCGCAGGUGCUGCGCGAGCAGAUGGAGCAAGCCAAAUCCGAGAUCGCGGCGCUCAAGAGCGAGAUGGCCGCAAUCUGGGCAGGCGAGGAGCGAUACACGUACCGGUUGGUGGCGGUCUUCAUGCAUCGGGGCGAAGCGAGUCACGGCCACUAUUUUUUGAAUCUGCGUGGGGGCAAGGAGGACAAGUGGUUCAAGUACAACGACUCGGCAGUCACGUCGACUUCGCUCGGCAGCGUGCUGCGCGACAGUUCGGGCGCCACGCCGUACUUGGUCACGUAUGUCCGCGAGGAUUAUGUGCAGCUCGUAGAUCCUAUUUGCAGAGUCAUCGAACAGAAUCCGGAGCAAGUGGAGGGGGCAAACGGGUGGGAUGGCGAGGUCAGGAUGCCAGAGGUCGUGACGGACGCGGCGAGGGAUGCGGGCGUCGAGAGUCCGGUCAAACGUGCGCGCACGGAUGACGUGUGA